UUGCUGAGGAAACUCAGUCCGUCGACGAAAACGGUACAGUCGGCAUCGGUGUCACCGAUUGCGAACAGCGAUCCAGCCGGUGAGCAUUCAUUUCUCGUGAAAUUACAUCGAGAUUACGACCGGGUCGCGUGAGAAAGUGGGAAAGUUGUUGCAGCGCUCUGACGCGUUUUCCGACUGCAUUCCGACUCGCCGACGACCUUCAGGCUAUAUGUAAUACCCAAGAUGAGAUAGUGCUUUAACGAUCGUGGAAACUACAGUGGAUCUACGUCUUGAGAGAGUGACAGAGAGGGGGGAGAAAGAGAGAGAAAGAGAUUUCGAUUCGUACAAUAGCGCGUUGAUGAAUUAGUAGCGUCCAAGUAUGGUGACAAAUGCGUUUCACGGUAUGUGGAGGCUGGGCAGAAUUAUCACGAACAGCGGGAUAAGGACGUUGAACCCCGCGCUAAGGCGUGCAUCGACCUUAGCCCAGAGCAGGAUCGUGAAGGGACCGAACAACGAGAAGAUCAUCAAGUCACCGUACGGUGAUCUUCCUUGUUUGUCCGACAUGUUGCUCCACGAGUACGUUUGGAACAAGGCCGAGGAUUAUACGGAUAAAAUAGCACUGGAGUGCGGUGUGACCGGCAAGAAGUACACGUACGCGCAAGCCAAGGACGCGACGAAUUAUAUCGGCAGGAGCUUACAGAACCUCGGCCUGAAGAAGGGCGACGUGGUGGCGCUGGUGACACCGAAUCUGCCGGACUCAGCUUUAGGUUUCCUCGGAAUCUUGUCGGCCGGACUUAUCUGCACCACUAUGAAUCCGCAGUAUAUGGCCGACGAGAUCUCGAGGCAGCUGACGGAAUCCAAUGCGAAAGCGAUUAUCACCUCGACCGCGAUCGCAUCUAUGGUGCUCACCGCGGCAAACGCUUGUCUUCCACCUCAAACGCCUAUCAUCGUGAUCGACGAUCGCACGAAACCAAUACCAGAGGGUUGUAUACUUUUCGAUGAUCUCAUAACGCGAGGUAAAUCGCUGCCGGAUACAAAUCCGAGCAGAUGCUCGAUAGACGAUGUGGCAGUGCUGCCAUUUUCAAGCGGCACCACUGGAUUACCGAAGGGUGUUAUGUUAACGCAUAGAAAUUUGGUGUCUAAUAUCAAUAUGUGCGAGUACUCUUUAGGAGAUAACAAAUUUCUUCCUACCACUGAUACAUUUCAAGAUGUGAUACCUGCGGUACUGCCAUUUUUCCAUAUUUACGGAUUAAAUGGCAUGUUACUUCCCGGUCUUAGUAAGGGCAGAAAAUUCGUUACCAUCCCGAAAUUCGUACCGGAGAUAUAUCUGAGCGUAUUGGAAAAGACCAAGGCGACUGUCCUGUACUGCGUACCACCGCUGAUACUCUUCAUGGCGACUUCCCCCUUCAUGAAGAACCACCACUUGGAGAGUGUCGACAAAAUUUUCAGCGGCGCCGCGCCGCUCGCCCAGUCGGACGUCGACAAAUUCUACGACAAGUUCAAGUUCGACAGAGACUUAAAAUUCGGUCAAGGCUACGGGCUGACAGAAUCUUCGCCAGUGGCUUUCACUGAAAGUACAUUAAAGAAAUUCUCCAGCAUCGGGAGAAAUGUAGCGAAUUGUGAAGCGCGCUUGGUAGAUGUGACUACUCAGCGGGAUGUCAGCGGCCCUGGUCAAACCGGCGAAUUAUGGAUACGAGGACCUCACGUUAUGAAAGGAUAUCUGAAUAACGAAGUUGCCACGAAGGAAACUUUAACCGAGGACAAGUGGCUGAAGACCGGCGAUAUCGCUUACUACGAUGAGGAUUACGAUUUUUAUAUUACGGACAGGUUGAAGGAGCUCAUCAAAGUUAAAGGAUUCCAGGUACCACCGGCGGAGCUGGAAGCGCUACUGCGGUCGCACCCGGAUGUGCAGGAGGCGGCAGUGGUUGGUAUUCCGCACGAGAGAUACGGCGAGGUACCGAAAGCGUUCAUAGUUAUCAGCAAGGAUAAGAAACCCACCGAGCAGGACAUUCAGAACUUUGUAAAAGGAAAGGUCUCCGACUACAAGGAACUCAAAGGCGGAGUCACAUUCGUCACGGAUAUCCCGAAGAACCCGAGCGGGAAGAUCUUGCGAGCACAUUUGAAGAAGGAUUGCGCGAAAUUUUAACGUUUAUAUCUUAUAUAUGUACAGCAUUUCGCGCGACGAAAUUCCAAGUGACAAAGUUUGUACAUAGAGAUGAACAUAGGUACAGGGUGUCCUAUUUUAAAAUGCUAUUUUUUCUGAAAACCAUGAUGGAAGUGAGGAAGGCAAACUUGGUUUACGAUACUUUAAGGUUUACCUUUUUAACCUUUUACCUCAAUGUCCUGUUUCCUGUUAAGGUUUACUUGGUUAAGAGAGCGUGAUGAAAAAUGUAGUUUACUACUUUUUUAUACGUAGGGUUUUACUCGUAGGAUAAGUACAAAAACCAAUCUAGGUAAAAGAGUCAUGUGAUAAAUUAACUAAGAAAAUUCAAAGAAGACUUUAUUUGGAACUAUGUUACUACUAAAAUUCACACGAACUAGAAGAUAUAUUUUCUGAAAAGAUGACAUUUUUGACUUUAUAUAACUAAAACUAAAAAUAAUUACAAUUGUCUGAUUGAAGUGUUUUAGCUGCAGUUAUUUUGCUCAUUUUAUGUAGAGAAUAUGUUAUAUUUUGACGGACUGUACAUUCUAUGCUCUUUUCUUAUUUGCCCAUUUAAUUUAAUUUAGUAAUUUUCACUGCUAUUGUUUUAUUAUGUAUUACUACUGCGACUCCCGCAUACGUGUAUCAGUUGUCAGUUUUGAAAAUUGUUAUAUUUUAAUUUCGUACUUGUUAUACGUAUGUUAUUUACUCUUUAAAUGAAAUGUUUUAUACAUC